AUGGAGGGUGUUGAAGGUAGUCUAGAGGAGACCCAAGAUCCUAAUGAAAAAAGUACCUUGAUCAGGAAAAGACUUGCCAGGAGCUGUAAGAGCAAGUUUCUUGACAACCAGAGACUUCGGAAAGGAUACCUGCUGCCGUCUGCGUCUGUGAAGAUCCUCCGUGACUGGCUCUAUAAGCACCGGUUUAAUGCCUACCCUACUGAAGAAGAGAAGCAAAUGCUGUCCAAGAAGACCAACUUAUCUUACCUUCAGAUCUCCAACUGGUUUACAAACGCCCGUAGACGCCUUCUCCCAGGAAUCCUUCAAGAAAAUUUUAACAAAUUUACCUAUGAAGGCCAGGCUGCAAACUCAUCCCAGAAGCAGCACAUCAGUCUAUCUGAAGAGGUUAAGGCACAGCCUAAUGUCCAAGCAGAGAUGGGGGAUCUGUCCCUGCUAAUAUACCAAGUAUCUCAAAAGCUACCAGAUCCCGUGUCUUCAAGCCAUGUCGUCCCUGAAGCCCCUUCAGAGGAAGAAGGCAAGUUUUCCACCUGUGAGCCUUUGUCUUCUUCAGCAUCUGUGCUGCCAGAGGAAAAACCCGAUUUUAGCAGCUUCUACAUGCUGGUUGAUGCUGCUGUACAGAAGGCAGCAGAACUGGAGGAGCAGAAGAAGCAAAAUCUCAAUCAGUAA